AAUCUUGGUGUCAUGUGAUGCUAUUGUUUAGUAAUAAUGGCUAGACUACUUUUGUCAUUAUUAGUCUGUGUCUUGUGUAGUUGCUUUGUUGCAACUGCUAAACUGCCUAAUAUUGUAUUUGUGUUGGUUGAUGACUGGGGCUUUGCUGAUGUUGGUUUCAGGAAUCCAGCUAUCUCUUCACCUAACUUUGAUCAAUUGGCUAAAACUGGUCUAGUUCUUAAUCGUCAUUAUGUUUUUAAGUACUGUGCUCCUUCACGUGCCUCACUUCUCACAGGACGCUGGCCACACCAUGUAUAUCAAUGGAAUUUAGCCACUGAUGCCACUGCUGGUACUAAUCUCAACAUGACAAUGUUUCCAGCUAAACUAAAAGCUGCAAACUAUUCCACUCAUAUGGUAGGGAAGUGGCAUCAAGGAUUCUUUGAUCCUAGAUACCUUCCAAUCAAUAGAGGCUUUGAUACAUCAAGUGGAUAUUUGUGUGGAUGGGUAGAUCAUUUCAAUCAGAAGCAAGGCUGUGCAGUUGAUUGUUGGAAGAAUAAUGCUCCUGAUCCUCGUAAUGGAACAUAUGAUUCCUAUUAUUAUCGUGAUGACCUGACUAAUAUUGUAAACAAUCAUGAUGCCAACAAUCCGCUUUUCAUUUAUCUUCCAUUACAUAAUGUCCACACACCUUUAGAAGCUCCAAAGGAAUGGUUAGACAUUUAUCCUGCUAAUUCAACUUGCAAAACACGUCACACUCUUCAAGCUAUGGUCAGUGUAGCUGAUAAUGUUACUGGACAUUUAGUGGAGUUGUUAAAAAAGAAAGGAAUGUGGGACAAUACUAUAAUGGUCAUCUCAGCUGAUAAUGGUGGUGCUCCUUGUUCUGGUAGUAAUUAUCCUUUAAAAGGUUGUAAAUCAACAUUUUUUGAAGGAGGCAUUCGUUCCCUUGCUUUUGUUAAUGGUGGUCUCCUACCAGAAUCAAGAAGAGGUCAGUCUACUGAUGGAUUCAUUCACAUUGCUGACUGGUACACUACAUUCUGUAAACUAGCAGGAGUUGAUCCUGAUGAUUCUGGAACAGGAAAGUUUCCAGUUGAUGGUUUAGAUGUAUGGCCUAUCAUAACAGGAGAGAAUGAAAAGACACAGCAUGAAGAGAUUGUCUUAGCUUAUAAUUUCAAUCACAGUCACCCUGAACAAGGAGCUCUCAUUAUGGGCAAUUACAAACUAAUUGUAGGUCCUCAAGGGUAUGGCUGUGACAGUUUAAUGUGGUCACCAUUAGACUAUCCUUGUAAUGAUGGUUCAAAAGGUCCUGAUUGUGAUCCAUAUUGUCUGUAUGACAUUAUUAAUGAUCCCACUGAGAAGAAGGAACUAUCAAAAGAGAAUCCAGAAAUGCUAAAAAAACUUCUUGACAGGUAUAAUUCAUUCUCUAAAGAACCAAGGGAUAUGCAGGAUCAAGGAUACCACUCGGCUGAGUCUUUACCAACUGAUCGCAAUGCUUGUGAUUACAUGAAAGCUAAUGGUGGCUACUGGAGACCUUGGAAAAACUUGUAGCAUACUGCUGUUUAUAUUGAGCUGUUUUUUAUUGCUAAAUUAAAGUGCUAAUACUUUUUGUAAUUAGAAUUGUUUAUCCCGUAGCAAAUGUUGUGCUUACAUUUUAUUGAUAGUUUAAUGCCAGUCAUUAGUCUGCCUAAA